AUGACGGGGCCAACGCGUGCUCUGUUUCUGUCGAGCGGAAUCAAUUUGGGCCGACUCCGCCUGGCGGAGCAGUUCUCCUCCAUGAAUGGAUGGCAGUCAAAAGAAGAUCCCGCGUUUGACGCUUAUGUCAAGGAGCGGAGGCGAAAGGAGAACUACGAGGCCUUUGACCAACGUGUCGAGCGGGGCUACGCCGCCGCCGCGAAGCUGCACAAAGCAGAGAUUCAAAACGCCGUGAAGCGGCGACUGAAGUCGAGUGGAGCGAAGUUUACGGCAGAAACGCUACGUGAGAUGAGUAGUGCCGUAACGGAGCGUCUGGCGUGGUUGCGUGACGUUUGGGCACAAAUCGAUUCUGAUUAUCGCAGUGGCGAUUCAGCCCGUCAGGAGACGGCUGCACAGGAGAUUUCUGCGGCGUUGCGCGGAGAACCAAACGAUCACAUGCGAUGGGUGUACGAGACGAAGCGAGAAUUGCGGUUUGCAGGACCCGUUGGUCGUCGUGCCAUCCAAGAAGAACUGCAGGCAGCUGAACUACCUGAAGUUUUGGACGAGGAGGUUAACCGCUACCACGAUCUGAAACUCAACAUGAUGGAAAUCGAACGUGAGGUGAAAGCCAAAUAUGGUGUGGCUGGCCAGCAGCACUGGGCCGAACUGCAGGCAGCGAAGGAUGAAGAGUACAUACAGAAGCUAGAUGAGGCCGCUGAGGUUUAUAAGCAACUUCUUGAUCAAAGUGCUAGAUUGGACGAGUCCCGCCGGUCGGAACUGCAACGGAGUUAUGUAGAACGAGUUCACCAGGCACAAGUUCGUUUUAAGGCAGCCAUGGAGCUUGAGGGUCAGCGUGAGCAACUCAUUGAGGCUCACCAGGCAAUGAAGGAAGAGAGAAUGCGUACAGAGCGUGAAAAGAGACGGCAGCUGCUACGUGAGGCAGCGGAACUUCGCGCACAAGGAAAGGAGAGCGCGGACGUUCUCACCGCACUGAAGGAACGACAACUCGAUGCCAAUGCAAAGCGGCAAGCUGAGUAUGAACUGAAAGAAUGUGAGGACAUCCUCAAACGGAAGUCAGAGAUGUUGGACAUGAUUGCUCACUUUAAGCAUGAUGUCGAGGAGCGGGAGGGACGUGAAAUGUUGCAGCGUCAGAAGAGUGAUGAGGAGCGUCAGGUCAACGUUUUCGGCUUUUACGAGGAGGUGGGUGUCGAGGACGGACUUUCCAUUAGCAGUGAAGGAACCACUUCCCAGGGUGUCUCCUCUGGCCUUGGCACUGUAUCAACUUCUACCUCGUGUGCUAAGAGUGCUGAUAGUAACAGCAGCGCACAACCAUCGCAAAAAUUACGGAAGGAAGAACUGUGGAAGGCAAUCAACGCCGACACGUACGAGGACCCGUUCCGCACUGUUCACCAGGCUCGUUUAGAUGCCGUGAAAACUUAUGAUCCCGCGUAUGCCCGAACCUUCCCGCUGAACCUUGUCCUCGGUCGCAAGUAUUCUAGGCAGGGUGCUGGUGAAAUGGCUGCGGGUAAUGAGACAGACAAACAGAUUCUGCAGAAAGGAAAUAACAUUCUCUACAGUUUCCAAUGGGGUCUCAACAACGGCACUGUGCACGACCUCGAUGCUGACGGAAGCACGGAUUACUUCAUGGAUGGCGCAUUUCAUGUGCGUGAUAAAGAAACUGGCGAUAUUGACUGGCGCUACGAGAAGAAGAGGGGUGGUCCCGUGUUUAGAGGACCUAAAUUUUAUCGGCUUGGUGCACAGCGUGAGGCGGCAGACCCGGGUGAGCGGGCCAUGGAUCCCACUCCAUACACUUCUACACCACGGGAACAUAAGUGGCGUAGCAGCUAA